UCGGUUUAGGUUGAUCGCGGUCCCGUUUAAAACCGGAACCGUGAACCGCCGGUCGGUUCGAAAACGGUUGGGCAAGUACUUCCUCAUAAUUAGGACUCUCGUCGGAAGAACCCUAGCUCAUAUUCGUCGUUGUUGAUCUAGGUCUGUAAAAAGGAUUUGCUAAGAUGUCGAUUAUGAUAGUGACGAGCUUGGGUGACUUAGUGGUGGACCUUUUCACCGAUCGCUGCCCCUUGACCUGCAAGAAUUUUCUCAAGCUGUGCAAAAUCAAGUAUUACAAUGGAUGCCUCUUCCACACAGUGCAGAAGGAUUUCACAGCACAGACUGGUGAUCCAACUGGUACAGGAUCUGGUGGUGAUUCUGUAUACAAAUUCUUAUAUGGUGAUCAGGCUCGCUUUUUUGGCGAUGAAAUUCAUUUGGAUGUAAAACACUCGAAAGUUGGUACUGUAGCCAUGGCAAGUGCUGGGGAAAAUUUGAAUGCUUCUCAGUUCUAUAUCACUUUGCGUGAUGAUCUUGAUUAUCUGGAUGGGAAGCAUACUGUGUUUGGGGAAGUUGCAGAAGGGCUGGAGACGCUUAUGAGAAUAAAUGAAGCUUAUGUUGAUGGAAAAAGCAGACCAUAUAAAAAUAUCAGAAUCAAGCACACUUACAUAUUGGAUGAUCCUUUUGAAGAUCCUCCACAACUAGCAGAAUUGAUUCCUGAUGCUUCACCUGAAGGAAAGCCAAAAGAUGAGGUUGAUGAUGAAGUGAGACUGGAAGAUGAUUGGGUCCCAAUGGAUGAGCAACUUAAUGCACAUGAGCUUGAAGAAGUGUUACGAGCAAAGGAUGCACAUUCCCGCGCUGUAGUACUUGAAAGUAUUGGGGAUAUUCCAGAUGCUGAGAUAAAGCCUCCAGAUAAUGUGUUGUUUGUAUGUAAACUCAAUCCUGUCACUGAAGAUGAAGAUUUGAACACAAUUUUUUCUCGCUUUGGAGUUGUAACUUCUGCUGAAGUUAUCCGAGAUCAUAAAACUGGGGACAGCUUGUGCUAUGCAUUUAUUGAAUUUGAGGACAAAGAUGCCUGUGAACAAGCAUAUUUUAAGAUGGACAAUGCUCUGAUAGAUGACAGAAGGAUUCAUGUUGAUUUCAGUCAAAGUGUUGCAAAGCUUUGGUCUCAGUAUAGACGCAAAGGGCAGUCAGGUGGAGGUUGCUUCAAAUGUGGUUCUCUUGAUCACAUAGCUAAGGACUGCACUGGAGAUUCCAAACAACCACAUUCGAAGUACGUCUUGAAAGACAACGAAACUCAACGCGGUGGUAAUGGGAGCACAAGGUAUGAAAUGGUUUUUGAAGAAGAUGAGGACAGAAGUCACAGACAUAGCAAGAAGAGAAGGGACAAUGAAAAUGAAGAACAGGACACAGAAAAACAUAGCAAGCGGCAUGAUGACCGAAGAGGAAGCACACACGAUUGGCAGAGACGAGACGAAAGGCGGGAGGAGCGGAGGGAACAACACGGGGGACAUGCUCAAAGGCAGAGAAGUCCUCGUCGGGGUGGUACAAAAGAAUACUCGGAGAAGGAUCUAGCCGUUGAAAGGAAAAGCCGAGAUGAGAUUCGCGACAGAGACCACAAGAGAAGGCCUGGUGAUGAUGAUACUAAUGAGAGGGAGAGCAGAAAACGACACGGCAGUGAUGGUAGCUACAAACACAGGAAUGACGACAAGGGAUUUGAAAAGAACUAUAGAGCAGACGAUGGCCAUGGCUACAAACACGACAGAGACAGGAAAUAUGAAAAUGAGACGAAAAGGAGGAGCGGGGAUGAGGAUAAUCGAGGCAGUCGCAGAGAUAGACAUGAUUUUGGCGAAGAAUUAUAUUCGGAUAAGAGAAGCUCAAGAAGCGAUCAUCAUCAUCGUCGAGACCAUCGGGGUAGGAAAUAACUCGAACGCCGUGAGUGUGCCUUUUGAGAAUCAACGUUUGUUCUCAGGCAUUUGAUGGCAGAAAAGGUGGACGUAAACACUACGGCCUGUGGGCAGUAAACGUACAGUUCUGCAAGCUCUUCCAGGGAGUCCGACCCGAGAC